GUGAGCACCCUGGUCGUGUUCGUGUUGUUGGUCGAGGUGUGGGGAUUCGACAAUUCUUUGGAUCUCAUUCUCGUAAAUGUUCAUAUACUCUGCCCGUUAUGAAUAAAGACCAAAUAGAGACCAUAAAGGCUGAGCUUACUAAAGAUAUUAGAGAACAAGUGAUGCGGGAUAUAUCAUCUUUGCCAGCUUUCUCUCAAAAAUACCCAAAUGAUCCAGUUUGUUCUCCUAAUACCACUCUACAAUAUGCGAGCGCAAAGGGUAGUUGUUCAGGGGUGCCUUAUAUGCCAGAUGAUGAUGAUGAAGGUGAUAUUCCCGAAGAGUGUGAAUUGUAUAUUGACGGAAACACUCAUGUAGUGGCAUAUGCUAAUGUGUAUAGGUUGGGGCCGAAUAUACAUAAUUAGGUGUUGAAUACUGAUAUGGUGAGAGUGUCUAUUACCAAGGUGAUAUAUCCAAAUGCUAAAGUACUUGUGCCCACGGGUGAGGUUACGACGGUUGGUGAUGCCCCGAAUACUUUCAUUCAAUGGCCGAAAAGACUUUUGCAACUUACUUCUAAUAAGAAAUAUGAUCCCCCUCCGAAAAAGUCGGAACCUAUAUGUCAAAAACUGGUGGUAAAGGCAAUGUACAUGGAUCAAACUUUGAAGUUUAAUGGUGAAUCCGGUGGGAAAAAUGCCUUUAUAGAGCUCCCUAGAGAAGACAUUGUAGACUUUUAUAUGGGUACAAAAGAAUUAGGCAUCACUAUUUUGCAAGUGUGGCUCGUAUAUCUACACCGCCUCGGUAUGGAGUUGGGCAACAAUACCGUUUAUGGAUUUAUGGAUCCGCAUUUAACUCAUAGUCAAAAUGAGCGCGGUAGUGUUCAGUCCUACAUACAAAAGAAGAUGUGUGAUUAUAUGAAAGAAUGUUACCUUGCUCCUUAUUUCAACAAUCAUCAUUGGCAAUUGUUCAUCAUUAAUCCUCAAAAGUUUGAAGUAGCCUUUCUAUGUUCAUUGGGAAAGAAGCCAGACAAAAAAAUCUAUGACAUUGUUGAAAUGAAAACUGUAGAGCUUUGGGUGCUUAUAAUAAGUUACAACGUGUGAGAAAGCA